AUAAUGGCUCCUUGUACCUACGGUUAACUGGCUUUGGGCUAAGACGGAUAUUGUGUGCGUCGUGACCAGCAAAAGGCUGAAACUGGUUGAUGUUUUGAAUUCCAUAGAGGAAUCUGAUCAGGCAACGUUUCUUAAGCUUAAAAAUUGUCUCUUCCCUCUUAAAACGAGUCCACUCGCAAUGACUAAAUUAGCGAAUGAACGGUAGUCACCAACUCAAGGCGUCUACCUUUAAAGAAAAGCAGGCAAACGUUGGAACCCGGGAACUAGCGGAAGUUGCACGAAAUCGAGGCAAAUCGAGAGGACAAUGGGCACGAAUAAACACAUGGGUAAUAUUUUCAGCACGGAAGGAAGAUGAACGAUGACUUCUGUCGCAAUUUCCCUUCGUGUAUUCGGUAUUUUCGCAGGUUAAAUGGAAUACGUCGGUUAUAGAGUUGUCAGAGGACCCGAUUGGAGAUGGGGAAAGCAAGACGGAGGCGAAGGGCACGUAGGAACGGUGCGGAACUUUGAAAGUAACCAAGAGGUUGUUGUCGUUUGGGAUAACGGGACGGCAGCCAACUAUCGAUGUUCAGGCAUUUAUGAUUUGAGAAUUUUGGACAGCAGUCCCACUGGUAUAAAGCAUGAUGGUAGUAUGUGCGAUGGUUGUCGCAUGCAGCCAAUUUAUGGAAUGAGAUGGAAGUGUGCAGAUUGCCCAGACUACGAGUUGUGUAGUAUGUGUUACCAUGGAGACAAACAUCAAUUGCGACACCAAUUUUAUCGGAUUGAUAGUCCCAAUGCGGAAAGGGUAAUUUGUGAAGCACGACGAAAGAGCAAGAAGGUUACAGCCAGAGGAAUAUUCCCAGGUGCAAGAGUUGUGCGUGGAGUUGACUGGCAAUGGGAAGACCAAGAUGGUGGCCCAGGUCGACGGGGAAAAGUAACUGAGGUUCAAGACUGGAGCACAACAAGCCCACGAAGUGCUGCUUACAUCUUGUGGGACAAUGGAGCAAAAAAUCUUUACAGACUUGGAUUUGAGGGCAUGGCUGAUCUUAAAGUAAUAAGUGAUGCCAAAGGUGGUUCAUUCUACAGAGAUCAUUUGCCUUUAUUAGGUGAUACCCGGCCUGCAGGUCGUGCCACAGGUCAAGGCUUACAGAUUGGAGAUCAAGUCACUGUUGACCUGGAUCUAGAGAUUGUACAGUCACUGCAGCAUGGGCACGGAGGCUGGACAGAUGGGAUGUAUGAGACUCUUACAACACCAGGAACAGUGGUUGGCAUUGAUGAAGAUCAUGACAUUAUGGUGUUAUAUCCCACUGGCAACAGGUGGACAUUUAACCCAGCUAUCUUGACGAAAGUGACCACUGGUCCAUCAGAGACUUCGGACAGUGUCCUUUCCCUCUCCACCCCUUCAGCCAUCUCUCCUACUGCAGCGUUGCCCAAUCCUGCGUCCGGAUCCAGUACAAUCUCGCCAGGGGCUGGCUCCUCAUCACAGUUUGUUGUUGGAGAUUUGGUGCAGAUAAGUAGUGACAUUGAAAGGGUCAAGUUGCUACAGAGAGGGCAUGGAGAGUGGGCAGAAGCAAUGCUGCCAACUCUUAGCAAGGUUGGCAGAGUGCAACAGAUCUACCAUGACAAUGAUCUUAAGGUGGAGAUCUGUGGAACAUCAUGGACCUACAAUCCAGUCCUUGUGACUAAAGUAGCAUCCACAACUGACCCUUCAUCUCUUGGGGCUUCAGCUGGAGCUGAAAGAUUAUCAGCUCUCCUGAAGAAGUUGUUUGAGACACAUGUCCCAGGCGAUGCUGUGGAGGAACUAGUCAAGGCUGCUGCGAACGGAGAUUCGCAAAGAGUUGAAGAACUUUUAGUCAAGGACGAGGCAAAUGUCAAUGGUGUGUUUGCCGGCCACACUGCUCUUCAAGCCGCCAGUCAAAAUGGUCACGAGGAUACUGUUAGAGUCCUCAUUAAAUAUCACGUUGACUUGGAGGCUGAGGACAAAGAUGGCGACCGUGCAAUCCACCACGCGGCGUUUGGAGACGAGGCGGCCGUCGUGGAGCAGCUGGUCAGAGCAGGGAGUGACAUGAACGCGCGAAACAAACGGCGCCAGUCACCACUACACGUGGCUGUCAAUAAGGGCCACACGGGGGUGGUGAAGAAACUUCUUGGUCUGGGAUGUCACCCCAGCCUACAGGAUACUGAAGGAGACACUCCGUUACAUGAUGCCAUUUCCAAGAAACGUGACGAUAUGGUCACGAUGUUACUGGAGUCCAAUGCUGACGUGACAGUGGCAAAUAACAAUGGUUUCAAUGCUUUGCACCAUGCCGCUCUUCGUGGAAACCCAAGUGCCAUGCGUAUUCUUCUCGCCAAGCUCCCUCGGCCAUGGAUCGUGAAUGAAAAGAAGGAUGACGGGUACACUGCCCUUCAUCUUGCGGCACUCAACAAUCAUGUAGAAGUCGCCGAGCUGCUCGUCAAACAAGCAAAAGCUAAUAAAGAUGUACAGAAUACAAACUUACAAACACCGCUGCAUCUGGCAGUGGAAAGACAGCACACACAGAUAGUCAGGCUUUUAGUCCGUGAAAAUGCCAAGCUGGACAUCACAGACAAGGACGGUGAUACACCUCUUCACGAGUCCCUCAGACAUCACACUCUGUCCCAGCUGAGGCAGCUACAGGACAUGCAAGAUGUCGGCAAGCUUCUCAUGGGUUUAGGAACACAAGGCACUGACAAAAAAAGCAGCGCGUCCAUCGCGCUCUUCCUGGCGGCUAAUGGCGCGGAUCUGAACAUAAAAAACAAGAAAGGACAAACUCCGUUGGAUCUCUGUCCCGAUCCUAGUCUCUGUAAAUCGUUAGCCAAGUGCCACAAGGAAAGGGACGGGGGGACGCAAAAGAACAACACAGUCACCCUGGCGGAUGUAGACGAGAACGAAGGGUUGGACGAAUGCAUGGUUUGUUCCGACAUGAAGCGUGACAUGCUGUUUGGACCAUGUGGUCACGUGGCAACCUGUUCCCUGUGUUCACCGCGCGUGAAGAAAUGCCUCAUGUGUAAGGAGACUGUACAAUCCAGAACUAAGAUCGAAGAGUGUCUUGUCUGUUCAGAGAAGCCUGCAAGAGCGCUGUUUAAACCAUGUGGACACAUGGUGGCUUGUGAAAACUGCGCCUCACUGAUGAAGAAAUGUGUGCAGUGUCGAAACGCAAUCGAAGAGUCUGUACCAUUUAUUGUGUGCUGUGGAGGAAAAGCGCCGCCCGUAUGCCAGACGAAAUCAAGUGGUAAACCCGAGAUUAGCCCGCAAGAAUUCAGUCACUUGCAACAACAGCUACAAGACAUGAAGGAACAGACGCUGUGCCCAGUUUGCAUGGAUCGAAAGAAAAACCUGAUAUUCUUGUGCGGUCAUGGCGCAUGUCAGCUUUGCGGAGAUCGCAUGCAAGAGUGUCCGAUGUGUCGCAAGCCCGUGGAAAAAAGGAUUCUGCUGUUUUAACGGCAAAGCCUCCCCGAGAAAACGUUUUAUCGAAUUAGCUAAAAACCACAAUACUUCAACGGGAAGUCGUAGUCCAGGAUUAAACGCAUUCUGGAAUUUUUUUAGGGAAUAAACUGGUGUAUCAGAUGCCAAAGAUCAUUGCUGCAAAUGGAUCUCCAAGAAAGGCUAGCCAGAGAAUACAUGGAGUACUAAAACGCGAAUCUCUACACUAAAAAUAACAAUGGAUCAAAAACUUGUAGUAAAUUAAAUAAUCUAAGACGAACAGUAACUGAAAAGAUCCUGGAAAGAGCUUCAAGGUCUAUUGUAUCCUGUUCUGACUGGUGGUGUUUGCCACAAAUGAAACGAUGUAUUUAUAGCGCAAUGGCGAAGAACAGACAAUGCAUGUAGGAACAAAUGGGUGUGGACGUUUUAGGCCUUGAAACCAGAAAACGUCUUAAACACUCAUUUCUUUACUUUAAGACACCAGUAGCAGAUUAAAAUAUGAUAAACCAAA